GUUAACCUAGGUAGCUUGCAGUGGUAUGCGGUGGUUCAGCCCCGUUGUUGAGCGUCCUUCUGUAACGAGUGCUCGUGUCGCAUCUUAAGACCGGCAGCAUGCAAUUAUCUCUCGGCGUUCUGCUGUCGGCUGCUUGUGCAGUCACUGGCGCCAGCCUCUGGGUUCCUACCACACCGCAGGCACCACGACCGUAUGCCCUAAAAAAAGGAGACGGGCUCAAGCUUGACGGAGGCAGUGUCUUUCCCGUUACAGGCAACUCAUCCGGAAAGGCCUUCUGCAUCCUCAACACCAACGCAGGCUCAUCCGGUGGCACCACUGUCUUCCCACAUGUGCACAAGCGAACCUACGAGAACUUCUACACGGUGAAGGGUCGGGUGCAGCUGUGGGGCCAGAACUUGGAUUCCUACCUCAAGAACACAUCUGUCCAGCAGACACGGAUUCUCGGCCCCGGGGAUAUUGGCGCCAUCCCGUACAAUACCGUCCACACUUUCACCCUGCUGGAGCCCGACACACUGCUCACGGGGGUCCUGGUGCCCGGGGGGUUUGAGGAGUUCUUUUUCAACACCAACCUAUCUCCAAACCCGGUUGCGUCGUCCACCGACUCCGAGACCCCCGAUAUGGCCGAGCUUGCGGAGUGGGAUGUGUACCCGCAGCUCGAUUUCGUUCCCCGCCAGGAUGUCGUCAACGGUCGCGCAGGGCCGGGAAACUGGUACGACGGCGCAAACACGCUCCCAUCAAACAUGUCGGCACCCAUCUGGGUGGCCAAGAAUUACGGUCCCAAAUUCCUCAACUCGGAAAACGGCCGGUACCAAAUCAUCAACCCGUUGGUCACGGGGCAGCAGACAAACAAUACCUUCUCCCAGGGCACCAUCACCCUGAGUCCGUUUACAAACGGCUCUAGUGGGAAGGCUCCGGUUAUCAUGAGCUCUGUGGCGACGGCGCUCACCGUGGAGGAAGGACAGCUCGAGGUUACGGUGCAGGGAUACGACCCAGUCGAGUUGAUCAACGGUGAUUUAGUGUUUGUGCCGGCCAAGACGCCCUUCUCGUAUGCCGCCAAAGCCGAUUUCACCAAGUUCAUGUAUGUCACAGGCGGAGGUCAAGGCCUGGACUACCAGUUGAUGGCAAAGGCCGGGGCGUGGGAUUCGGCUUUCUAUCCUGAAGAGAAACCGUCCAGUGGAAGGAUGUUCAGGAUUUGAGCCGACUACAAGGCAUCUCUUAGGCUUAUUAGUGCAGAGAGAAAAUGAGAG